AUGUUGCUGCUUACUGCCAUUGUACUUGCUGGCUCCUUGCUGUGCCACGCUGCCUACCGAAUCUUCAAGAAGAGGAGCAGGCAGCAGCCGCUGCAAAACAUCCCGGGCCCUCCGUCUGAAUCCUGGUUGACCGGUGUUGUCUUCAAACUGAAUGGCCCGUUUUCCAUUGCCUACCGCGAGCACGUACUUACAGCGUAUGGGCGAGUAAUCAAGUUACCCGCACUGUUCGGGGAUAUACACUUGGCUGUGUCCGACCCGCUUGCGCUCACUACCAUGUUCGGGCGUUAUCGCGACGAGUUCGACGUUAGCGAGGGCGCCACUGAGGCAUUCAACACCGUCUUUGGUCCAAGCGUGGUCGCCACAAGAGACAGUGAACAUUCCAAACAUCGAAAGCUUUUGAACCCAGUGUUUUCGCCGCGGGUCUUGCGGGAGACAGUCCCGCUGUUUCAUCAGGUGGCGCAAGAGCUCGUCAACAACCUGCUCAGCACCGUCGGAAAUAACUUCGUUGAGGUGGAGCUAUCGGAGACCAUCAGUCGAUUUUCACUCGAAGCCGUCGGUCGCGCGGCACUUGGGUACUCCUUUGGCCCCUUGGCUGGACAUGGAACGGACUACAGUCGUGCUCUCAAGAUGUUUGGCGCGGCGUUCGCACAACUAGUAGUCUGGCGUCCCCUUCUUCCGUGGCUGAAGAGAACCUUUCCCUCCUGGCUGCUGAGGUUCACCGUGGCGGUGCUUCCCUGGAAGGCCCUACGUCGGAUGCGCACGGUAUCUGACGAGAUACGCGGGAUGGCGUCUCAUGUUCUGCAACGCAAGAUAGCUCUACUUCGUCUCGGGGACGAUGCGAUCGUCCGCGAGGUGGCGGAAGGAAAGGACCUAAUGAGCGUACUACUGCGUCAAAACAUGCAGUCGCAUGCUUCAGGGACUGAGUCGUUAUCUGAAGAUGGCCUUAUUGGCCAGAUGUCCGCCCUCCUGUUGGCGGCCACUGAUACAACAUCCGCAAGUAUCGUCCGCGCUGUGCAUUUGCUCUCCGAACGCCCCAGAGUGCAAGAGAAGCUUCGAAGGGAGAUACUUGAUGCAUCCACCCCCACUGGACGUGGAGUUUCCGACCUCGACUACGACGCACUGGCGGGCUUGCAUUACCUAGAUGCCGUCAUACGCGAGACCCUGCGACUGUACCCCGCAUUCUACAUGACGCAUAAGGUGUCAACCAAGGAUGCUAUACUCCCACUGAGCGCCCCCAUCGAGGGUGUAGACGGCCGGUCUAUCCACGAACUGCACGUACCGGCAGGCACGGUUGUUUGGUCCAACAUCUUUGGUGCGAACCGCGAUCCUGCCAUAUGGGGACCGGACGCUGCAGAAUGGAAGCCCGAGCGUUGGUUGUCUCCGCUCCCUGGCACAGUAGCGGACGCGCACGUGCCCAGUGUGUUUGCGAACCUGUCGACUUUCUCUGCCGGUCCGCGUUCGUGCAUUGGUUAUAACCUCGCCCUGGCCGAGAUGCGAGUAGCGCUCGCGCACAUGUCCCUGGCUUUUGAUUUCGCGCCCUCGGAACGCGCAAUCGUCUGGAAGUUCGGCGGUGUUUACAUACCGUCCGUGCAAGGGUCCAACGUUACGCACCCCGAGUUCUUGGGGGGCAUCUGA